CUUCUCUCUCUAGAAGACUAUUUCUCUCAAUGCCCUCACCACUCUCUUCCCUUUCUAACACUUUCUGCACCAAAACUCUCUGAUUCGGAGGCCGAUUCUCCCCCUCCAAACCAGCAGCGCGCCAACGCCGAUCGACCACUCGAAAACGGCUUGGACCUCGGCAUUUACAAGGCGAUAUUGGUGGGGCAGGCGCCCAUUCAGAAGCGCCUGAGGAGCGGGAAAACGGUAACCCUAAUUUCACUCGGAACUGGCGGCAUUCGCAACAAUCGGAGGCCGCGUGAUUACGCUAAUCGCUGCGCGGUGCAGUGGCACAGGGUCUCCGUUUACCCUGACAGAUUGGGCGAGCUUGCCGCGAAGAAUCUCGCCCCUGGCUUCACAUUGUUCGUGGAAGGGAAUCUGGAGACUACAAUAUUCAAUGAUCCGAUAACAGGGCUUGUCCGUCGAAUCAGAGAGAUCGCUGUGCGUCGGAAUGGCAGGAUUUUGGUUCUGGGAGACGGAGCUGAAGCAGCGCAGUUUUCAAGGACUGAUAUGAGUGCUGUUGGAUAUUACUGAGGUGAUACUCUCUCUUUCCAUUGCUCUGUUAGAAUUAUUUACCCUUGAUCGCAAUGCUUUAGUUGGAUUUGGCUUUGACCUGCCAUGAAUGUGGGCAAAAUUCCACGUAUGUACGUUAUGGGAGAUGAUAUCCGCCAUUUGUACCCGAAAAAAAAACGUUUUCAGUGAUGGGAAAAACGUGUGAGCCUCUUGCGUGUUUUAACCAAACACGCGAUAGUCUCUUGCGUGUAUCCAAGACACGCGUUACUCUCAUGCGUGUUUUAAUUAAACACGCAUCAAGCUCAUGCGUGUUUGAAUGAAUGAAAAAUCGACGAUUCUCCCCUCUUCCUUCACUCCCAGCAGCUCCCUCUCUGCACGCCCAGCGACGAGACGGCGCCGAAUUCGUCAUCUAGCCGACGAAAAUCGAAGUGAAUCCGACAUCUAGCUGCUCUCAUUCCUCUUUUAAGUGUUGUUAGGAUGUCGCGAUAUGGACCAGAAGAUCCUUCUGUAUUGCAUUAUCAGCACAGUCAUAUAUCUCGCAAGGCGUGGGCAGACGACGAAGCAACUCCUUUCAAUAUUCGGCGCUUUGAGGGCCAUUUUUGGGAAAUAGAUAAUCAUCACAGACGCGUGAUUGAUUAUGUCUGCAGAUUUGGUUUUGGUGGAGUUUUUUACUGUGGGAAGUCUCUAGAUGUAGAUCAUGCUUUGAUCACAACUUUGGUUGAACGUUGGAGGCCAGAGACACAUACAUGGUUUGUUGGGCUAUUGUCGAAGCACAUGAGCCUAAGCGCGUUGUGAGACAAUUUGGAGGCACUCGGUUCAUUCCGGAAUUGCGUGAUUGGGGUUUCAAUGAAACUCAUUUCAAAACAAAUCGUCGUGGAAAAUCUAAAACUCAUUUCAAAACUACAGUGGUUAUCAUCAAAUUCGAAUUAGAGAAGGAGAUGAAUGGAAAACAACCCAGUUCGUCUUAGAUUUUCCACGACGAUUUGUUUUGAAAUGAGUUUCAUUGAAACCUCAAUCACACAAUUCCGGAAUGAACGGAGUGCCUCCAAAUUGUCUCACAACGCGCUUAGGCUCAUGUGCUUCGACAAUAGCCCAACAAACCAUGUACGUCACAGAUCUCCAACUGUUGUUUAUCUCGAGGCAGGAGUCUAGCAAUUGACGGUCCACAUAUGGCAUCCAAAUAAACUACAAUAACAAGUUUACAUUAAACUAUUAGACAAAUAUAUAUCAAAACAUUAUUCA